AUGGGCGGCGACAAGGCCAUCAGCCUCGAGGAGAUCAAAAACGAGUCCGUCGAUCUGGAACGGAUUCCAAUAGAAGAAGUCUUUGAGCAGCUAAAAUGUACAAGAGAAGGUCUAACCGGAGACGAAGGAGCCAACCGGCUUCAAGUGUUUGGACCAAACAAAUUAGAAGAGAAAAAGGAGAGCAAACUACUCAAGUUCUUGGGAUUUAUGUGGAAUCCUUUAUCCUGGGUCAUGGAAGCUGCUGCUUUGAUGGCUAUAGCCUUGGCAAAUGGUGGUGGAAGGCCUCCCGAUUGGCAGGACUUUGUUGGAAUAGUUGUCCUGCUGGUCAUUAACUCUACUAUAAGUUUCAUUGAAGAAAACAAUGCUGGAAAUGCGGCUGCAGCCCUCAUGGCUGGUCUUGCUCCCAAGACUAAGGUUCUUAGAGAUGGUCGAUGGACUGAGCAAGAUGCUUCAAUUUUGGUCCCUGGAGACAUAAUCAGUAUUAAAUUGGGAGAUAUAGUUCCUGCUGAUGCCCGCCUUCUCGAGGGUGAUCCUUUAAAAAUUGAUCAAUCUGCGCUUACUGGCGAGUCCCUUCCUGUUACUAAGAAUCCCUCAGAUGAAGUGUUUUCUGGCUCAACAUGUAAACAGGGUGAAAUUGAAGCAGUUGUGAUUGCCACUGGUGUGCACACCUUCUUUGGUAAAGCUGCACAUCUGGUGGACAGCACCAAUCAAGUUGGGCACUUUCAGAAAGUUCUCACUGCUAUUGGGAACUUCUGCAUUUGUUCAAUUGCUGUGGGGAUACUAAUUGAGCUUAUAGUUAUGUACCCAAUACAGAAGCGCAGGUACAGGGAUGGGAUUGACAAUUUGCUGGUUCUCUUGAUUGGAGGAAUCCCAAUUGCCAUGCCAACUGUUUUAUCUGUCACCAUGGCUAUUGGCUCCCACAGGCUUUCUCAGCAAGGUGCUAUUACCAAAAGAAUGACUGCUAUUGAGGAAAUGGCUGGCAUGGAUGUCCUCUGCAGUGACAAGACUGGGACUCUGACCCUGAACAAGCUGACAGUUGACAGAAAUCUGAUUGAAGUGUUUGUCAAGGGUGUGGAGAAAGAGCAUGUUAUGCUUCUUGCUGCAAGAGCUUCUAGGACUGAAAAUCAGGAUGCUAUUGAUGCUGCAAUUGUAGGAAUGCUUGCUGAUCCGAAGGAGGCACGAGCUGGUAUCAGAGAAGUCCAUUUCCUUCCAUUCAACCCUGUAGAAAAGAGGACUGCUCUGACCUACAUUGAUUCUGAUGGAAACUGGCAUAGGGCUAGCAAAGGUGCCCCUGAGCAGAUAUUAGCCCUGUGCAACUGCAAGGAAGAUUUCAAGAAAAGGGUUCAUGCAGUGAUUGAUAAGUUUGCUGAACGUGGACUUCGUUCUCUAGCCGUUGCAAGACAGCAAGUACCAGAGAAAACAAAAGAGAGUCCAGGGACACCAUGGCAGUUUGUUGGUUUGUUGCCAUUAUUUGAUCCUCCCAGGCAUGACAGUGCAGACACAAUUCGCAGAGCUCUCAAUCUCGGUGUGAAUGUGAAGAUGAUUACUGGGGAUCAGCUUGCCAUUGGCAAGGAAACUGGAAGGAGGCUUGGGAUGGGAACAAACAUGUACCCAUCUUCCGCAUUGCUUGGCCAAGACAAGGAUGCAUCCAUUGCUUCCCUCCCUGUGGAUGAAUUGAUUGAGAAGGCUGAUGGGUUUGCUGGAGUAUUUCCAGAACACAAAUAUGAAAUUGUAAAGAGGCUACAGGAGAGGAAGCACAUCUGUGGAAUGACAGGAGAUGGUGUCAAUGAUGCUCCUGCUUUGAAAAAAGCAGACAUCGGUAUUGCUGUAGCUGACGCUACUGAUGCUGCUAGAAGUGCUUCGGAUAUUGUUCUCACUGAACCAGGUUUAAGUGUGAUCAUAAGUGCAGUACUGACAAGCAGGGCCAUAUUCCAGAGGAUGAAGAACUAUACUAUCUAUGCUGUUUCUAUUACCAUACGUAUAGUGUUUGGAUUUAUGUUCAUUGCAUUGAUAUGGAAGUUUGACUUUGCACCCUUCAUGGUAUUGAUCAUCGCCAUCCUAAAUGAUGGAACAAUCAUGACAAUAUCAAAGGACCGAGUGAAGCCAUCUCCUCAGCCAGACAGCUGGAAACUGAGAGAAAUUUUUGCUACUGGCAUUGUUCUUGGAGCUUUACAAGUGAGUAUUGUUAGCCAAGCCCUUAUUUUCGUCACAAGGUCUCGUAGCUGGUCUUUUGUUGAACGUCCUGGACUUCUCUUACUCGGAGCUUUCAUGAUUGCUCAACUGGUAGCAACCCUCAUAGCAGUCUAUGCAAACUGGGCUUUCGCACGGAUAGAGGGAUGUGGCUGGGGCUGGGCUGGUGUAAUCUGGCUAUUCAGCGUGGUGACAUAUUUCCCUCUCGACUUACUUAAAUUCGCAAUCCGCUACAUUCUAAGUGGGAAAGCUUGGGAUAACCUUUUGGAGAACAAGACUGCUUUUACUACAAAGAAAGACUAUGGGAAAGAGGAGAGAGAAGCUCAGUGGGCUGCUGCUCAGAGGACCCUACAUGGCCUUCAACCACCAGAAACCAACAACCUUUUCAGUGAAAAGAACAGUUACAGGGAGCUUUCAGAGAUCGCAGAACAAGCCAAGAGGAGGGCUGAGGUUGCAAGGCUGCGGGAGUUGCACACACUGAAGGGUCAUGUUGAGUCAGUUGUGAAGCUCAAAGGACUCGACAUCGACACAAUUCAACAACAUUAUACAGUUUGA